UAGCUAUAUAUUAGUUGACAACAACAUCACUAGUAAAACUGUUGCAUUUCUCUUAGCGGUUUGUUUUGCUUCGGAUUGGUUUUUUAAAAUAUAAGCCGACAUGGGUACCGCAAAAAAGGAAAAGCCUGAAGUGAAAAAGAAAAGCCCUGAAAAAGGAAAACAGCAAAAAGCCAAAGCUGUUCCCGUUCAACCGCCUCCAGUAGUAAAACAGAGAACUGUGGUCACUCCUUGGCGAGACACGCUGGAGUUUAAUGAGACAUAUGACUUUUUAUUUGGAAAAACCUCCACGACCGCUAGUCGUCGUCAGGCACUCAGUAAAAUCCGCAUUUGGAGCCUGCGAAGGGGAAAUCUUUGCCCAGCGGCUGUUUUGGCAACUUCGGUGCUCGUCGAGGCGCAAUUGGAUGACAAGGAGGGAAACUUUAAAAUACAGCAAGCUUAUGCUAGUGCCUUCACGCGAUUCUACAACUUCAUGUCCUCCAUAAUUCAGGGCUAUAACAUGUCUAGCAUGUAUGAAACGGCCAAGGAAUUGGGACUACAGUCGUUCAUCGUGGAUCUGCGGCAUCUUUGCGCUCAUGGACAAGAGCUUCCACCUGUGGAGGUGCUUAGAAGCACCUCAGAUCAUUGUCUGGAUUGGCUGCGCACUUACUAUUGGCUUCCCCAUAAGGAAACUAUGUCGAAUUUGGACGCUGGAAAACUGAAACGCAAAGACAAACUCAAGUUCGAAAAGGCAGUGAGUGCUCUUCUAGAAAUCUACGAUCUGACUUUGGAAUGCCAUUUCAAGGGAGCAGAGAAACUAAAAGCUAUUAGUAAACUGAAAUCCAGCAGUGAAUUCAACAAGAUUCGCGUUUAUUCAUCCGCAAAAAAAGCAAAGACCGCAAAGGAAAUACUUAAUGCAGUGGUAACAGAUCUCAGUGCGCUAAUCAAAAGGGAGUCUUCUUCUAUGAAGGAUUUGCUAGAUAUAUACACAGGAUGCCUGCUUAAAAUGGAAUACUUCCUUGGAGUUGGCCUAGAAAUCGAUGACAACGAGGAUAUCCUCAUUGCAGCUACUCAGGGCCUCUUUAGGCUACUUGCAGUUCAGGGGUAUAUCGAAAAGGUGUUUGUGGCGUUAGUUCAAUUGACGGAAAACGAAAAUGAACCGGAGGAAAGGCGAUUAGGGGCCGGUUAUUGGGCUUCGAAGAUGAUUGAAUCCUUUGGAAUGUUGCUCCGCAUGAAACGCAUGUAUAAAGAGGAACUAGAUUUGAAUGAUAAACUGAAAGCAGUUGAUUUUGCAUCUCUCAACACGGAUAAAAUUUCGAAAACACUGCGCAGUCUUCUAGUUCAUUCAAAUGUGGAUCCUUCCACUACUCUUAUUUUCGGGGACAAUCCCAAAAAGUCAAGGUCUUUGGUUUUUGAGCGGGAGUUUAUUAUGCAGCGUGUUGCUCCUUUUAGCAAAUACUCAGCGCCAAUACUUAAAGGAUUACUACCGCUCGCAGAUCCUCCUUUCAGUAAGGUACAAUUGGAGAGUUUGGGCGAACUUUGCGAUGUUCGGUUACAGGGGUUGACCCAGGACGAACCUAUGGAGGAAGAGAGUUCCUCCAAGCAAUGCAGUUCCUCUGAAGAAGACAGUUCCUCAGAUGAGAUAUAUGACUUAGAUUAUUUGGAAAAGCUUGUAGCAACAGCAUCGCAAAAUAAAGACAACAGCUUUAACAAGGCGCACACUUCUGAUCUGGGCAUUUGGAAGCUAGAGAGCGACAACGAUUGGUCGAAAUCUGCCUUAGGUGUUUUGCCUUAUGGUCAAUAAAAAUACGCGUUAUAAAUAAGCCAUGUUUAAAUGUUUAUAUUAAAUAAAAGAAGAAAACAA